AUGUUGCGGUUGCGCUGUAAAGCCCGGAGCGGCUCCUAUCCGCUGCCCGGACUCACGGCGCACUCCCGCCUGCGCGAGCUCCAGGCCGCGAUCGCUACCCUCACCGGGGUCCCCGUCAAGGCCCAGCGCCUGCUGCUCGGUUUCCCCCCGCUCGGCCUCGACCUCAGCGACGAGGAGCGGCGCCUCGGGGAGCUCGGCAUCCACUCUGGUAGGCCUCUUCAGAUGAGAAAUUUUUGGGGGGUGUCUUAGCUUCCUCCUGAGAAGCCGGGGGUUUCCCUCGAAACUCCUCCUGGCCCUGUACGAUGUGUGGUAGUAUAGCCUUCUGUUGUGUAGCUGGACGAAGGGUCAGUUCACGAGUAGCCUUGGGAUAUGCGUCCUCGCAAAGUGGCAUUCAGAGGCAUCUUACACCGGAACUGGGAACACAGGGUACCGUAGGUAGGCAUCGCAACCAAGUGUUACUGGUCUUAUUCUGCUCCGCGAAUUUGUCUGUUCCCCUUUUUAAAAGCUUCCAAGUUGGUUGCCAUCACCACACUUUUCAAAGGUAAGAUCCAAGGUGGUGAGCGGAUCCAAUUAUGUCCAACACUGAUUAAAAGCAGCCUGUAAUAGUAACAUAGGUUGGGAUUUUCGUUCAGUUUUUUGGCCUGUUAGAAUGGAUGUAUCUAUCCUUCCUCCCCAACCUGGCGCCCUCUUGGGUGUUUCAAGCAGUUCCCUCCAGCCCCAGCCACACGACCAAUGGUAAGAGAUGAUGGAGACAUAGUCCAGUAACAUCUGGAGGGCACCAGUCAUUUCCUUUUCUGCCAGCUGGUAAGGAAGGGACAAGCCUGAUUUCAGUUGGUGCAGCUGAAUGAGUGUUUUCGCAAAUGGUUUUAGAAUGCAAUCCUGUGUUCCUUGGAAGUGUGUCCCAGAGGCUAUAGGAUAGAAUGGAUCUACCCCUUUAGUGUUGGGAAAGGAGACCUGAUGUCAGAGUCUCCUUUUCUGUUUCUUCCUCCUUAGGUGUCUUGGCCCAAACAAUGUUGGAGCUACAACAUGGUGGGGCAAAAAGGGGGUGUUCUAGGAAGCUGCAAGGAUCCAAAGCUAUCUAUGCCCCCCACAAGUCCACAUACAGUGACACCUUGGGUUAAAUACUUAAUUCGUUCUGGAGGUCCAUUCUUAACCUGAAACUGUUCUUAACCUGAAGCACCACUUUAGCUAAUGGGGCCUCCUGCUGCCGCCGCGCCACCGGAGCACGAUUUCUGUUCUUGUCCUGAAGCAAAGUUCUUAACCUAAAGCACUAUUUCUGGGUUAGCGGAGUCUGUAACCUGAAGUGUAUGUAACCUGAGGUACCACUGUACAGGGAGGAGGAAGUUUAGACACACUCAAAAAAUUGCCAAAAUACGUUGCUUCCCUUUCUUUACUUUUGCUUCUGAUUACAACAGGAAACGGAUAGAAAUGCAGGAGUGCCCUUUCUUCCCCUCUGCUGGGUUUACGUCCUAUAUAUCUUAGAAUAAAGCAGUUCAAUUGUCUUCCAUGUUCUCCUCUUACCUGCCCUCUUUAGUAUUGGCAGCUUAAGAGGAAUAGUUCUGUCCAGCAAUAAUAUUAGGCUGUCUUCUUAACAAAUUGUAGUUAUCAAAAGAUGAGUGGUGCAACAUUUCUUUGGAGGGAAACUACACAUUGCAAAAUAUUUCUGAAGCACAGCAUGUAUUCAAUCACAUAACAGGAAAUAUUGAAACAAUGACACAGAUGUUUUGACAUCCUAUAAUUGUCUAAAAUUGGCUGGGUGUUGGUUGUUACUACCCACUAAUUAAAUUUCAGAUUUUUGCUGUUAGUAUUAGUAUUGAAUAUUCUCAGCCUACCCUGAUGCACAAGAGGAUUAGUGUAGCUUCCCCUCUAUUUAAAAUGGGGAAUAUGCUCUCUCUCUCUCUUUUUGUGUGUAUAAAUCUUGUUCGGGAAUAGGUUGUAAUUCCAAAAACACACUUAAUGUGUCAUAAAACUCAGUGAGCUGUAGUUCUAUAUGCACAAUAAUCCCGUUGACAUCUGAAGAAAACAUUCAGAAAUUGUUGACUGUUAAUUUUAAAGCUAUUUCUAGAAACCCUACAAUGAAAUUUUGAGUUUUCUGAUUUCUGCAUUUAGCCACCAGGAAAUCAUGCUGGCAGUAAAAUCUAAAUCUUACCUACAUAUUCAUGACCAGUUUUUAUAAUGCUUUACCUGAGUAUCAGAGUACUUAAUAUAUUUUCUCAUUUCAGCCUACAGAAUAUUAUUACCCUAUUAGAUAAUGUCGGGGGGGGGCCACCUGAAAGAUUAAUUCAUGGUCGACUGAGUAGGGAGGGACUUGUAGUUCAUGCUCUUAAUUGCUGCAGUAAACUAUACCUUUAUUUCUUUGUUCUGUUUUUCUUGACAGGUGAUACACUAAUAGUUGAAGAAGAUGCAGCCAAGCCCAAGACUGAGUCACCCAUAGUUACAAAACGGACUGUUCCUAAUUCAGUCAGGGAAGCACUCCCUGUGCUUGCUCGGAAGGUUGUUCCAGCAGAUAACUCAUGUCUCUUUACCAGUAUAUACUAUGUGGUAGAAGGUGGGGUUUAUGACCCAGGAUGUGCCCCAGAGAUGAGAAAUCUUAUAGCUCAGAUAGUAGCAAGUGAUCCAGAAUCCUAUAGUGAGGCAGUACUAGGAAAAACUAACCAGGAAUACUGUGAAUGGAUCAGAAGAGAAGAUACAUGGGGAGGUGCAAUUGAGGUUUCCAUUUUGUCUAAAUUCUAUCAAUGUGAAAUUUGUGUAGUGGACACUCAGACGGUUAGAAUUGAUCGUUUUGGGGAAGAUGCUGGCUAUGCCAAACGGGUUCUUUUAAUUUAUGAUGGUAUUCACUAUGAUCCACUUGAGCGUAAAAUUCCCAACUCAGAUAUUCCACCCCAGACAAUUUUUUCAGCAUCUGAUGACAUUGUCCUUGCACAGGCUUUGGAGUUAGCAGAUGAAGCCAGAAGAAAAAGACAGUUUACUGACGUAAACCGGUUUACAUUGAGAUGUAUGGUGUGUCAGAAAGGAUUAACAGGGCAAGUGGAAGCCAGAGAACAUGCCAAGGAGACUGGGCACACCAACUUUGGAGAAGUGUGA